AUGCCAACGGCAGUGCUGCGUGAGAGCGAGGCGAUCAGUCGGGGAGUGCUCGCCUAUGCGGACGACUUGCUCGUCCACGAAGACGUGGUCAGCGCCGACAAGGUGAUGGGGCACUUUGCGAGGCGCAGGAUUGGCCUCAUGCGACAGUUGGUCGACGAGUUCCAGCUCUCGGUGACCUUCCAGUCGAACGAGCUGGGCGUGGCGCUGGCGUACCGCGAGGCCGGCCACCUGAUGGUGACCGUCAGCUGGACCGAGACGGCGUGCCCGGCCACGCAGACGCGCAAGCUGCGCGAGGUGGCCAAGAUCCCGCAUGUCUUGGAACGGGAGAUACGGGGUUGGAUCAACUAUCAGUGUGCUUAA